AAUGAAAAGCACCCAGCGACCUCGAGUCAAACAAGCACCACCACCAUGCUAACGACACAUAAUCGUCGCCUCCUGCCGCUUGCAUUCUUAUCGAUGCAACAAUGUCUCGCAAGUUCGCGUCCAAGCGUCACCAUCGCCUCUGUGGGGUUUGUUCGUUCUUUGCACACAACGCCUAGUGUCUUCAAAUGUGCGCCUCGUUUCCGUGUGUUGUCCCGGAGAGCAUCCACUAUCGAUACACUGGAAAAAAACACUGCUGGGAACAACGAUAUGAUGUGCUUCCAGUGCGAACAAACCAAGCACGGGAAGGCCUGCAGCCCCGCGGAAGGCUCGGUUCAAGGGGUUUGCGGAAAGACCCCCGAGACGGCCGCUCUUCAAGACCUGCUUGUGCACUACUCAAUGGGAAUUUCACAGUACGCGCAUCUGGCCCGCGUGCACGGUGGAUUGUCGGACGUAUCCGUAGAUCGCUUCCUUCUGGACAGCCUGUUCAGCACCCUCACGAAUGUCAAUUUCGACGCUGAUCGCUUCGUGGCAUUUCUUGCGGAGGCUGAGGAGGCGCGUGACCGUGCCAAGUCUCUGUAUGAGAAGGCGGUGGCGGGGAAGCAGAUUGAGAGUGCGCGCUUGUCGGGGCCCGCCGAGAUGGACUUAAGCGCCUUGCAAGGCCAGGCCGGCAAACUCGAAACGAUCGGGCACAUGGUGGGGGUAAACCACCGGAAGGAGUUGGCCCCGAACCCCGACGCCUGGUCUCUGGGCGAGCUGCUCCUCUACGGCCUCAAGGGCACAGCGGCUUACGCGGACCAUGCCCGGAUCCUCGGCAAGGAGAGCGAGGCGGUCUACGCCUUCAUCCAUGAGGCCAUGGCCGCCCUGGCCAACCUCCCUAGUCAGAGCACGGAGGGUCUUCUGAAGCUGGCCCUUCGAUGCGGAGAAACCAACCUGGAAGUGAUGGAGCUCCUGGACGCCGGGUCCACAGGGAGGUACGGCCACCCCCGCCCCACGGAGGUCCGCACGACGCCGGUGAAAGGCAAGUGCAUCGCCGUCUCGGGUCACGACCUCCGGGACUUGGAGGAAAUUUUGAAGCGGACGGCGGGCAGGGGCAUCAACGUCUAUACCCACGGCGAGCUCCUCCCCGCCUUCGGUUACCCCAAGAUCCGAGAGGCCUACCCCCACCUGGUGGGAAACUACGGGGGAGCCUGGCAAGCGCAGAAAGUGGAGUUUGCCCGUUUUCCGGGCCCCGUCGUGGUGACGACCAACUGCCUGAUUGAGCCGCAAAAGACCUACAAGGACCGCAUUUAUACCAGGGGCGUUGUCGGAUGGCGAGGGGUCAAGCACAUCAAGGACUGGGACUCUCAAUUUCCGGCAGUGAUCGAGCAGGCACUGGCCAUGCCUGGAUUUAUAGAGGACAAGCCUAAGAACGUGACCACGACAGGGUACGGUCGCGACGCGGUCCUCUCCAUGGCUGGGGACAUCGUGAACGCGAUCAACACGGGAGAUAUCAAACAACUCUACCUGAUCGGCGGCUGUGACGGAGCCGAGGCAAACCGGACGUAUUUCCGUGACAUUGCCACUGGUCUGCCGCGUGACGCCGUCAUUCUCACACUGGGCUGUGGGAAGUAUCGAAUGAACAAACUCCCCUUCGAGCCUACACUUGGAGGCAUUCCUCGUCUGCUCGAUAUGGGCCAAUGCAAUGAUGCUUACUCAGCCAUUAAGGUCGCCACUGCGCUUGCGGAAGUCUACAAAUGCGAUGUCAACGAUCUCCCCCUCCAGUAUGCCAUUUCCUGGUUCGAGCAGAAGGCCGUGGCUGUCUUCCUCACAAUGCUCUUCCUAGGUUUGAAGAAUAUCAAGUUAGGGCCUCAGCUACCGGCUUUCCUGACGCCAAAUGUCCUGCAGAUCCUGGCGGACACCUAUGGCGUAAAGCAAGUGAACCUGGCAGACCACGAUGCAGAUUUGAAGGAGAUGAUCGCUCGCACGCCUCGAUAG